AUUUGGUUCCGCCGGACGUUUACGUCAUAUUCAAGGCGUGUGCAGACUGUGCACUUCCUUUCAGGAGUUUUGUACAGUAUUUUUUUAAUCUCAACCUGGUACAUUCUUAUUGUAUCUAACUUUAGAAAUUGUUGAAAGACGUCUCUCUUUUGUCGAGGACAUGGAUUUCUCGCUGGCAGAUGCCAUAGCGGACAGUGUCCCGGGCCAAGCUGAGAAAGCAAGUAACCCCAACCCAGCCGCCCCUCCGCCCACUAACCCAGGGUGGCCUGGUGCAGCUCCUGGAGCCCCAACACAGCCCUCUGCUCCUGGGGGAUUCCCUGGGGGCCCACAGUCUGGUCCAGGGGCCCCAGGGCAGUUCCCUGGAAGCCAAGGACCGUUCUCUUCUGGUCCAGGAGCACCAGGGCAGUAUCCUGGAGCUCCCUCUGCCCCUGGUGGGUUCCCGCCCGGACCAGGGGUACCUGGACAGUACCCAGCCGGGCCCGGAGCACCUGGACAGUACCCUGCCGGGCCCGGAGCACCUGGACAGUACCCAGCCGGGCCCGGAGCACCUGGACAGUACCCAGCCGGGCCCGGAGCACCUGGACAGUUCCCUGGGCAGUUCCCCCCUGGUGGAACCCCCGGUCAUUUCCCUGGAGGCCCAAUGCAGUACCCAUCUGAACCCUUCCAGACUAGCCCUGGAGCACCCCCAGGACCCUACCCCAACGUGCCUUACCCAGGAGCCCAGCCUGGUGGGGGGAUGUAUGGGCCUGGAGGUCCAGGAGCUGCCUUCCCCCCUGGAGGAGGCACCUUCCCUGGGUUCCCUGGUGGGGCCUUCCCUCCAAUCCCCCCUGGAUCGUGGAGUGCUGGGGGCGGUGGAGUUUUCCCUCCCCAGCCCGGUCACCCUGGCUCUUUCGGUCCAGGUCCCAUGGGACCAUAUGGGGGAUCAGCAGCUCCAGGAGGCAUGUUGCCGGUGCCGUACGAACUGCCUCUCCAUGCUGGCAUCAUGUCCAGGCUGUUGAUCACCAUUGUAGGGGAACCCAUCGUUGGAGGAGAAAGGUUCCAUGUUGAUUUUUUAAAAGAGGAGGAUGAGGAGGACGAUGAAGAGGUUGUGUUCCACCUCAACCCUCGUUUCUAUGAACAACAGGUUGUCCGUAACUCCAACCUGGAUGGGUGUUGGGGUCCAGAGGAGAGGGAUGGAGGCUUCCCCUUCGUUCCUGGACAACGUUUUGAGCUGAAGAUCCUCGUGGAAGAGGACUCGUUUAAAGUAGCUGUGGAUGGAAACCAUUGUCUGGAGUAUGAGCACAGAGCCGGAGGGUUUGAGGACGUCACCCUGCUGCGCGUGGUGGGAGAUGUCACUCUCUACAGCGUGGCCCCAAGCAUGAUCUAACGAGAGAGAGAGAGACUACGUCUGAGUUCCAAAUGGCACCCUAUUCCGUAUAGGCUCCGGUCAAAAGUAGAGCACUACAUAGGGAAUAGGGUGCCGUUUGGGAUGUAGUCCAGUUCACUUCACCUGACUGACACUGUGGCCAAUGAUCUGGAUGGGGGGGAGGGGAGCUCACAUACCUCUUUUCACACUAUCGUGCUGACCCAAACCAACCUGCUAGCUCGGACAGUUUCUUUUCACUUUGUCCUUUACAGCAUGGUUCCAGAAACUAUGGCGGAUGGGUAACCAGGCUGGCUCGGUUUUGGCUCGGUUUAGCUCAGUGGUGUGAAAAGCCCUGCACAGCAUGUCCUAUAGGCUAUAGGUAAAAGAGAUCUAAUUAUUUGACUGUGUCAUUUAACGUUGUAAUAAUCUAUACAAAUGAGGGCAAGGAACUAGACUAUGUAACAGAGAAGGAGAUAUCUGCUUUUAACGGCAGUUCUAGGGAAAGUAACCAUAUUUAUUCUGCAUGAAAUGUCUCUAGGACAAAGGGGACGUGUCCUUAGCAUUUCACAAUGUUGUCAUGAUGGCAGCAAAAUAGGCUGUAUAUUGUUUGUAUGUCUGUUUACUGUCUAUAAUUACAAAUUAGCCUUUCAGGGUUAUGAUGCAUGUUGUGUGUGUACUCAAUGGACUGGACAUCCGUGUGGCUUUUUUGCUUUGAACCACUAUUUUAUUGCAAUGCUGUCUGCAAGGCUGAAUGGACAUGGACUAGAAUAUAGAAGGAUAGCGAGAGCCUCUGUGUACUGUAGACUGGCCUAGUGUUCAUUUAGCUAAGAUCAUAACAAAUGUGUUUAGACAUUUUCCAGUAUUAAUCCUCUAGGUCUCGCUGAUUUAAGGUCCGUAAAUAUUAUUAAGUAGUCAGAUCUACAGCUAAAUGAAAUGUAAACUGUAGUAGCUAAAUCAAUGUAUCACUUUGUAGAUGUUACCAAAGACUAAGUAUUAUUUUCAAAAUGAAGUUUUUGUCAAUAAAGAAUGAAGAGAGAGCUGAUACAUUUUA